AUGCGGAAAGAAAUCUUGGGAAAUGUUUCUGAGUUCCAGCGAGUUGUCAACGUGCUGCAGGAGGGGGUGGACUUCGAUAUUGAUGUCAACGCAUCUGUCUUUGAAACAAACAUUCGAGCAGCGCGGCCAGGCCGCAGCUCCCAUCGCUCCCUCCCACACGGCGGGCGCCCCUUCCGGCCGCCAUGUUGGCGCGUCCCGCGGCUGCGCGCUCGGCGGAGCGGCCCAAGGGGAGGGCUCGCUGUUUGUGUCCCCAGCGCGGAGGCCAUGGCGGCCGUGGCGGGGGCCGGCACGGGGCCCGGCUCCGGUACCGGCACCGGCGGCACCCGCGCCCCCACCACCAACAUCUUAGCACAGCUGCGGCACGGGCAGCUGAGCGGCCGCGGGCUGACCCGCGGGGCGCAGAUCACAGAGGCCUUGUUGAAGGAGAGAGAUAAGCAGGCAAAAUGGAAUGGGAUCCCCUUGCUGUUGCAGAAGCUGUAUGAGCACAGCCACCCAAACAGUGACUUCUCCCAGUGCCAAAGCAUCCUAAAGGAAAUUUCUCCACUUCUCUCGAUGGAAGCCAUGGUUUAUGUCACAGAAGACAGAAAAGCUGCUCAAGAGUCCAGUUUCCCCAACACAUACACGUUUGAUUUGUUUGGAGGAGUCGAUCUUUUAGUAGAAAUUCUCAUGAGACCAACUCUUAUUACACAGAAAAAGAAGCAGAAAAUAAGUGAUGACCUCAUCAAGGACUGUUUAAGCAUACUGUACAACACCUGUAUAUGUACUGAAGGAGUCACAAGGCGGCUGGCAGAGAGAAACGACUUUGUGUUGUUCCUGUUUACACUGAUGACAAACAAAAAGACAUUCCUACAAACUGCAACGCUCAUUGAAGAUAUCCUGGGAGUUAAAAAGGAAAUGAUCCAGCUGGAUGAUAUUCCCAACCUGGCCAGCCUGGUGUCCAGCUUUGACCAGCAGCAGCUGGCCAACUUCUGCAGGAUCCUGGCUGUCACCAUCUCGGAGCUGGACACGGGCAGUGAUGACAAGCACACUCUUCUGGCCAAAAAUGCCCAGCAGAAAAAAAACUUGGGCCCUUCCCGAGCUGAAAUUAAUCAAGCUACACUUCUGAAUAUUCCAGGCUUCAUCGAGCGGUUGUGCAAACUGGCCACAAGGAAAGUGUCUGAAACAACAGGGACUUCCAGCUUCCUGCAGGAGCUGGAGGAGUGGUACACCUGGCUGGACAAUGCCCUGGUGCUGGAUGCACUGAUGAGAGUGGCAAAUGAGGAGGCAGAGCAGAGCAGCACAGAGUCUUCAGAUGAGAGUGGACUGGCCAACACCUCCACAAGGACACAGCUGCCCCAGUCCAUGAAGAUCAUGCACGAGAUCAUGUACAAGCUGGAGGUGCUGUAUGUUCUCUGUGUGCUGCUCAUGGGCAGGCAGAGGAAUCAGGUUCAUAAGAUGAUAGCAGAGUUCAGACUCAUUCCUGGCCUCAAUAACCUGUUUGACAAACUCAUCUGGAGGAAGCACUCGGCCUCAGCCCUGGUUCUGCACGGACACAACCAGAACUGUGAUUGCAGCCCGGACAUUACUUUAAAGAUACAAUUCUUGAGGCUUCUUCAGAGCUUCAGUGACCACCAUGAGAACAAAUAUCUCCUUCUGAACAGCCAGGAGCUGAAUGAGCUGAGUGCAAUCUCCCACAAAGCCAACAUCCCUGAAGUGGAUGCAGUGGUCAACACUGACAGGAGCCUUGUCUGUGAUGGGAAGAGAGGUUUGCUGACCAGACUGCUGCAGGUCAUGAAGAAGGAGCCAGCAGAAUCCUCCUUCAGGUUCUGGCAAGCAAGGGCAGUUGAAAGUUUUCUGCGAGGCACCACCUCCUAUGCAGACCAGAUGUUCCUCCUCAAGAGAGGGCUCCUGGAGCAUAUUCUCUACUGCAUUGUUGAUAGUGAGUGCAAGUCACGGGAUGUGCUUCAGAGUUACUUUGACCUUCUGGGAGAGCUGAUGAAAUUCAAUAUUGAUGCAUUCAAGAGGUUCAACAAAUACAUCAACACAGAUGAGAAGUUCCAGAUCUUUUUAAAUCAGAUCAACAGCUCUCUGGUGGACUCAAACAUGCUGGUUCGCUGCAUCACGCUGUCCCUGGACCGCUUUGAGAAUCAGUCUGAUGCUAAAGUGGCAGAGGUCCUGUCCGAGUGCCGCCUCCUGUCCUACAUGUCCCAGAUGUCCAUGAGAAUGUCAUUCCUCUUCCGUCUCAUCAACAUCAUCCAUGUACAGACACUUACACAGGAAAAUGUCAGUUGUUUGAACACAAGUUUAGUUAUCCUAAUGCUGGCCCGAAGGAAAGAAAAGCUCCCUUUUUAUCUGCGCACCUUGCAACAGAUGGAAUACACAGAGAAAUACCCUGGCUUCAUCCUGAACAACUUCCACAGCCUCCUGCGGUUCUGGCAGCAGCAUUACCUCAACAAGGACAAAGACAGCACCUGCUUAGAAAAUAGCUCCUGUAUUAGUUUUACCUACUGGAAAGAGACUGUUUCGAUACUGCUCAGUCCGGACCGGACGUCCCCCUGUGCCAUAGUCAGCUACAUCGACGAGGCGUACAUGGACAUUGACAGAGACUUCUCCGAGGAGUAAUUGCCACCUCCAGCUUGUGAUGGGCAGCUCGGAGGGUCCCUCCCAGCCCGGGGAUUUUCAGGGAUACGCUGUGUAGUGUGUGUGUGCAGCUCGGAGCUGCGGAGCGUCGUCCCACCCCCGCCCCUGCCGGCCCCCAGCUCUGACCUCUGAGACUCGGACAGCUCUCUGGGCAACACAUUCAGGGAUGUAUCUUCCAGUUGUUCUGGGAUAAAAAUAAUCACCUGCACAAACCAGCCUGUAUUAUUUUUUUUCCUCUCUCCCAGUCCGGCGGGGCUGGCAGAAGGUGUUUUGCUGACGUGAGGGUUCUCUUCUCUGUAUGUGCCGGUUGAGGUGUGGCUCUCUCAGGGCUGCCAGGACGAGCAAGUUGAAAAGCACAGCAAUUGCCCUCCAAGUGUGAGGUCCAAGGAGCCCAUCUGAGCAGGACCCCAGCACCAGCCACAUGCAGAGCCACCACGAGGACUCCCUGCAGGUGUUAACUCUUCCACCGGGCUUUGGAAUCAGGGCUUUGGGCUUGGUUAGAGCAUGAGUGUGUGUGUGUGUGUGUGCUUUUAAUUCCUGAGAGCCCCAGCUCCAGUCACCUCUUUACCAUCGCCUUUUGGAUCAUUUGGUACUAAAUCUAUCUGUGCAUUAGGAGAGAACCUCUGUUCCUGCUGUCCUUCCUGCACAUCCUUCCCAUCCGGAGGCGUUUGCAGUGCUGGAGAACAGAGACAUUUCAGCAGUGGUGGAAUUGCAACAGGGGUUGGCUUUUUCAUGGAGCACUAGCAUUAAAAUGUACUAAUUUUUUAAACUUGCGGCUUGUCCCUUCUUGGGUAACUAAUCUGGUUUUAAAAUCCUUUUCAGGACCAUUGCUCUUGAUGUUAACCUGCUAUGCCUGGAAGUCUUAUGUCAGUCUCUGCUUUCAGCCCUUAAUAUCAACACACACAUUAAUCUUGAAAGUGCAAUAUUUGCUGGAGAUGUCCGUUUUUUCCUGGAUCUGUUUUAAUCAGAAUGUGUUAAAUGCUGGGAAUAAACACUCCUGGUUGAAAGUAACGUUGUAGGAUAUGUUGGGAAGGGGGAAUGGGGUUUUGGCAGUCUUGAUUGCCAA